GUUGUAAGUUCUGUUCUAAGCUAGCUAAGUUGUACGAAUGAUCCAGACAUUAGGUUGUUGUUGUUGAGGUACAUUUUUACCGGAAAAGAGCAAGGAUGGGUGACUUGAGUCUGAUUGGUCAGCUCGCUAGCACCGUCGGUGCAUCAGAGGCGGCGUUAAAAAUUUUAUUCUCCAUUAUUUUUGCUCACCCGAUUGCUUUAUUCCAUCGCUUCUUUUUGUAUGGAAAAGCACCUGAUCUUCAGCAUCUCUACUUUACUCUGUGUGGGCUUGCUAUUGGAAUCUUCAACUAUGGAUGGGAUAUAUUUCACACCUUUGCUACAAUUGUUUGUGUCUACAUCGUACUCAGAUUAAUUGGUGGAACGCUAUUUUCUGCUGUUUUAAUCCUAAUUUUUACCAUGGCUUAUCUCUUAAUAGGAUAUUACGUGACAAGUACGGAAACUUACGACAUCAAAUGGACAAUGCCACAAUGUGUGUUGACCCUGAGACUUACGGGACUGGCUUUUGACUUGUAUGAUGGAGCUCGGCCACCGGAAAGUUUGUCUGCGGAAAACAAAAAAGUAGCCCUCAGCAAGUGUCCGUCAAUUUUGGAAAUCAUGGCUCACUCGUACUUUCCUGCCAGCUUUUUAGUUGGCCCUCAAUUUUCCAUGAAGCGGUAUCAAGAUUUUGUCGAUGGAAAGUUUAGAGGAUCUGAGACAGGCCUACCAGACUGUUUGGGAGCCGCUGCUUAUCGUAGUCUCACUGGAGUUUUCUACCUGGCUAUCUAUCAGUUGGGUUGCCUGUACUUCCCUGACGACUACCUGAUCAGUGAAGAAUUCCUGUCCCUGGGAAUUAUAAAAAGACUGUUCUACAUGGGCAUCUGGGGCCACAUUGCGUUGUACAAAUACAUCUGUAUCUGGCUGCUGUGCGAAGGUGUCUGCAUUGAAAUUGGACUGACAUACAACGGAAAGGAUGAGAAAGACAAACCUAAGUGGGACGGCUGUGCUAAUGUCGACCUGAUGAAGUUUGAAGGAGCCACCAAGUUCGGACACUAUGUAGAGUCAUUCAACAUCAACACGAACCAUUGGGUUGCACAGUAUAUCUACAAGAGACUCAAGUUCCUGGGCAACAGAUAUCUGUCCCAGCUAGGAGUGUUGUUGUUCUUGGCAGUGUGGCAUGGACUGCACUCUGGCUACUACAUGUGCUUCUUCCUUGAGUUUACCUGCCUUGUAAUGGAAAAAGAUCUGGAGUCGAUGUUGGCACGCAACCAGAAGGCACUGGAGUUCCUGUCACAGCCGGGCUUGAGUCACGCAAGGUGGGUCGUCCUCAAGUUGUACACGCUGGUGUUCAUGGGCUACUGCAUGGCUCCGUUCGUGCUGCUGUCCGUACACAAGUGGUUCGCUGCGUUUGUCAACACUCUGUUUGUGGGACACGCGCUGUGGAUGGGCUGGCAUCUGUACCGACCUCUCGUCAAGAUGAUGCUGCCUCCCGCCAAGGAACGUACUAGCUGAACAAGUAACAGUCAACGUAACUGUACAUAGCUCAAUACUAGGCUCAGUGGAGGAGCAGCCGAAUAGUCAGGACGAUGGGUUGUAGGAAUACAUUAGCAUGGUUCUACUUAAACACUUUUUGUAGCUCAUGGGUAAUUUUGGAAAAAAGAUAGAGUUUUUGCAUCAACAACUUAUUACUUUUCCUGUAUUUGAAAUUCGCUUAACCUAAUUAUGAUAGCACAACCCUGGCUACUUAAAAGUGCGUCCUAUUUUUGCUCUUUGUUUUCAAUAUAUAUGAAUUUUAUAUAAAUGUUUAUUUGUAUUAAUGCUAUUCUGUUACCAAUACUAAGGUAGCUUUUAAAGUUUUGUAUGAUUUGUAAUGUAGCAAUAGCAAUACUGAUAAGGUUGUUUGUGUCAAGACAAUAAUUGACUAAAUUAUUUGAAAUUGUGUCGAGGACGUUGGACUUGUAAACAUGCAAUGAUUGUACCAAAGGAUUUCAGAUAUUGAAUAUGUUUACUAAGCAAAGUACAAUGCCUCACAAGGUGGAAGUAAACAGCCAUAGUUUAUUAGGAUAUGUACAAAAACUUGUUUCAUAGUUGAUUUUUAGAAUAUGAAACCUUGACGUUAUAUUUAAAAUUGAUAAUUUUGUUCUUAAUUUCUCUAGAUAAUUACAACGAAUACGAAAUAGAAGUAUUUCAACAUUUAAGAAUGAUCCGAAUCCGACUAUUACCCCUCCCUAAAGUACACCAAUCAUGCCCAUCACAAUCAGCUAAUGUUUUUUUUUUAUAAGGGUUGAUUUCUUUACAAUUUUACAAUAUGUAACUGCCAUUAAUAAUAUCUUUUGAACAUGUUGACCUCUUUGUCUUUUAAACUGAUCUGUAAAACUACUGAGGUGUUAAAAAAUAUUCACACUGCCAAUAAAGAACAUUCCAAAAAUAAAAUUAAAUGAUCGCUAGGUAAGGUAUUCAAAAAUGUCAAAUGCUCGUUAGAUUAAUCGGCAAAUUUUGGAUUAUUAAGGGCUGAUAUUUAUAGUGUAUUGUUUAACAUGUUUACGUUAUGGAAACACUAUAUUUGGGCGUACUCCUUAUGUAAUUCAAUUUGUUUUGAUUUAAAAAUCAAUCUAAUGCAUGUGCAUUGUGCAGUUGGUAUUUAGGUUUGUUUAGUUAUAUUUGACGUUUUAUCUUUAUUUAUAUGUUUGAAAAUUAGGUAUUUCAUUGACUAUUAAAGCUGGUAAUGUCUUAAAAUAUUUAUAUUCAUUUUUGAUAGUUUACUAUAUAAAAAAAUAAUAUUUAAACACUUAACUUGGUACACUCUUGCUUCAUUAAAUCACUAGUAUAUUUCAUUAUCUUGGUCACGCAUUCACUGUAAGUGCAAAGUACACAAGCAACAAUUUGAAAAAUUAGUUGUGAUUAUUUGAUCACAAACUAAUUUGUUAAGUUUUGUUAAUGUUGUCCAAAAGAAUCUAAUUUGCAGUGUGUGUUCUACCUUGGAAGCUAUUCAUUUUAUCUUUGCAAAAUCAAUGACUAAUCUUAAUAUAAUACACCACUAGCAAUAUCAAAUAUAUAGUUUAAAAUCUGUGCUAAUAUUUAAUAUCUAAGUUGUUGCUGUAGUAUAUAGUUUUAGAGCUAUAUUUUUGUACCAGAUUUUGCAUGUUAUGUAUUAUUCAGAAUUACAUAAAGAAUUAUGAACGUUAACAUUUGUAAAAAAUGAAAUAUAUAUGUCAGCCUUGUUUACCAUUGAUUUUAUAAUUCUUAGACUGAGUAUAGGUUUUGCAUAUCUACCAAACUGAAAUUUUACGUAUAUGUAACACAAUCCCACUCAUAGUUCAUCCACCUUGAGCUAAACAGUGAUGUUUAUAAAUUUUUUUAACAUUAGAUGAACAUGGGUGAUCAUUUUGUAAAUGAGUUGUUUUGAACAGUGUUUUAAUCAUAAAUGUUGCACCCACUCUAAGCAGCUGAGUGAUAGAGCUAGCCUAAAAAUCGGAUGAUUUUAUUUGAUCAUGUAACAAUUUUCACCUUGUUUAAUUAGAAACUAGGCCUCAUAUACUACAUCCUUGGCUUUCGACUGUCUUUGAGCUUUGGAUAAAUUUUUCAGGCAAAGAAUCAGCUAAUCUUAGGCAGCUACACACAUAUUAACACUAUCCCCUAAUCAUUUAUCUUUGCCUUUAAAUAUGUUCUCUGGUGUAUCAGCGUUUCAUGAAUCUAAUAUUUCCUUUAUCAGUACUUAACAUUGAUGAAGAAAUUCAACUUAUAAAACCAAAAUAUACUGUAAGGUCGAAGUGUUAUAAGAUGAAUUUUAAGGGGUAUGGGAAAAUUUUGUAUUAUCGAGAUAUUCUUAUUCUUAACAAAGGGGUUCAUUUUAUUGAGGUUUAAUACUGCCGUUAUUCGUCUUAUAGAGGAUUCUCCUCGCUCUGAGUGAAUGACUGAGGAAGGAAGAGGGAUGGGUGGGGUUUCAUGUUGGGACAAGCUUAUGUUAGUUUUUAAAACUACACACUUUGGAGAUUAAGAUCAUGAGGAAUUUGUCAUAUAAAGGUCGCAUUUGUCUGAGGUUUUGUGGUUAAUGAGUCCUAGCCCAUAUGACAAACAAAUUCAUCUUAUGGAGGUUUUUAACCUAAUUACUAAGUUCUAUAGAGGUGUUUUUAACAUUGACCUCUAUGAAAGUUUCAAGGGAUUUUUUUUUAAAUUCGUCUCAUCGAGGAAUUUCUUUACCGAGGUUCGUACUAACGUGGUUUGGCAGUAUUGUCUUUAAAAAUAAAAGGGUUCUUUCCCUUUAUAAUUUUAGUUAAUAGUCUACGAAUCUAGAAUGUCAUCAAUAGUUUUUGUGUCUUUUUUUAUUCCUCCAAUAAAUAUAUCUAGAAUGUUUUUUUUUUACAAAUAUAAUUUGAGUUAAGGGUACUGCAGUUUCUAGACCAAAAAUUAUAUAGGUUUACCAUCAGAAAAGUCACACAAUUUGAUCGAUAUUAAAAAUAAAAUAAAUUGCUUUAGGUUUGAAAGAUGAGUUUUGGCAGGUCAAAAUGUAAUGUUAACCUAAAGAAAAGUCAAAAUUAUUGAGUUAUUCAGGUAAUCCCAAUAAAUAUAGCAUUAGGUUGGCUUUAGAAGUUCUUAUGUGGCAAAUUCAUUUAUGAUGGCAUUUAAAGACAGUGAAUAUUAAUUAAAACCUUAUUAGACUUUUUGGAUAUAGAUACCUUGGGAAGUAAUUAAAAAUGCAUAAGGGUUAGAAUAUUUCAAUUAUCGACAUUUCCCAUGAUAAAGCAAUGGAAAUGUGUUGUUUAUAAAUAGUCACUUAGCUUUUCUUCUUACAAUUAUAAGAAUAACCUUUGCCAUGUUGAUAUAGGAAGCCUAUGGAAGAGUUUAGCUAUUUAUAAUCUAGAAUACAUUUUAGUCUGAGAUAACUUGAACAACAAACGUAAUCUUCUAGCAACUUCUUGUUAUUUCUCUCUACCACCUAGGCAUUGUUAUUUUAACUUGUUUUGGUUCCUAUUCAGUUAUAUGCCAUCAAGGAACCAGUUUAAGCAAUUUUUUUGUAAAUUCUUUUGUUUCUAUUUAUUGCACCUAGCAGUGUGCUCUCUUUAGAGGUUUUAUUUUAUUAGUUACACUUUUAUCUGUAUAUGUGUGUUUGAGUUGUGUUUUAUAAAAUAAAAGAUUA